AUGGCUGAUAGAUUCCCUUCUCUUGAGGACUUUGACUCUGGUGCGCAAACGACUCAAGGCGACUCUACUUUCGAAGGAGGUGCCGAUGAUUUCCUGAGUCGUGAGAAGGCCCUUUUGGGUGACGAUGCGGAUCAAUUUGCUACUGGCAAUGACAAUGCCGCAUUUGUAGAGGAUGGCGAUGAUGAUUUAUUGGGUGGAGGUGGAGGAGAGGAUGUUCAUGAAUUUGAGAGUUCUUUCCCUGCCAUUGAUACUCGCAAUGAGAAUGUUUCACCAAGCGGACAAAUCACCAGCACAUACACCAAUUACCAGCCCCAAGUUUCCGACGAAGAAGAGCCAGAGGUCAUCAAGCAAUGGCGCGAACGUCGAGAUCUCCAACUUCAAGCGCGUGAGGAGAGAUCCGAAGAAAAGAAGCAAGAAACUAUCAAGACUGCCCAACAAAACAUUGAUGAUUUCUACGAGAAUUACAACACCAAAAAAGAGAAGACCAUUGCGCAGACUCGUCGUGAAGCUGAGGAGUUUUUAGCAAGCCGAGAAGAUACAUCUGCUGGUGGAACUAGCUGGGAGCGUAUCGCGAAAUUGGUUGAUUUGAGUGGAAAGGGUGCUAGAGGUGGUGCAAAUGGCACUGGAAAGGAGAAGUUCAGAGAACUGUUGAUGAGCUUAAAGAAGGAUGAGAAGGCGCCUGGUGCUACUGGAUAUUAG